AAAUAAAACCUGAGACAAUUUGAGCUGAGACAAUGUGUUGAAACUUUAAAGAUUAUAUUCUUCUUCUUCGAUCCAAAAGCAUUAGGGUUUAGAGAGUUGCAGCUUGCACUUCGUUAAGAAAACUAAUUCGCACUGAUUGAUUGGGAUGGCAGACGAAGCCAACAGAGCGGCUUUCCUUGAAAUUCAAGGUCGCAUGAUUGAGACUACUGGGAAAAUAAAGCAGGUGCAAAACCAGAUGCGUUCUAAAGAAGCAGAAAAGAAGCGUGCUUUUUUGACCUUGGAGGAGCUGAAGCAGUUGCCUGAUGAUACUAAUGUUUACAAAUCCAUUGGGAGAACGUUUGUAUUGGAGACCAAGGCAACAUUAAUGAGUGAACAGGAGAACAAGUUCAAGGAUAGUGAAGCUUCAAUUACCUCAUUACAGAGCUCAAAAGAGUACUUGGAGAAGCAGACGGCAGAAAUAGAAAACAAUUUGAGAGAGCUGUUACAACAAGAUCCUGGUCUUGCUCGUCAAAUUAUGUCUAUGAAUGUUAUGUAAACUUUCCAUUAUUGAAAUUAACUGCGAGUGGUGGGUUGUUUUCUAGUAUUCUGAGCAAAUAGAAAAAUUCAGGACAUGUGAGACUGUGAGGUUAUGUACUGUCUGCUUCAUGGAUGAUUUUCCAUCCUUCUUGAAAUGUUGACUUUGAAGGAAUUGUUGUUAAGUUAUCUUAAUUCUUAGAUUGUCAUGUUUAAUACAUGUUAGGGAGUCCUUAUUAGCCUUGUGCAGUGUGCUUAU